UUAAAAGAAAUUUUUUUUUUUAUUUAUAUAUACAUUACUGCGCUCUUGUCAAUUGUGUAUGUAGUAAUAAUGACAUAUUAUUAAAGUGCGCGUGCGUUUAAACAUUCAAAAGCUUGCAAUUGAAAGCCACCACGCACUCUCAGCUCUACUCUGAUAUAUCAUCAGCUAUCACUUUACCAUCGAACCAGUUACUGGUUAAAAGUGAUCACUGCAACAGUAUCGUUUAUUAUUAUUAAUAAUAAGUUAUUAUUAAAAUAAAAAAGUGAAAAAGUUUAUUUAAUUAUAAAAAUAAUAAUAAUAAUUAUGAAUAAUAUUACUAAAUCUCGUCCUUGACCAGACAAUAAGACUUUAAAAGUCUUCUGUAAUAUCUUUUAAAAUUUGAGGGUUAAAAAAUAUAAAAUUUUGUCUGUGAUCUUAUAAAUUUUUAUGUUGUUGAGUAUUUAGUUUUUUUAAAAAAUUAAAAAAGUAUUUGUGUGAUAUUUUACUUUAAAAUUACAACUGGGUAUUUUUAUAAAUAAAAUUACCAAUGAGCAAGAUGACUGAUCGAAACACCGAGGGGCAUUAUACACCACCGACCUCAGAUACUAUUCAAACAAAGCCAUUUCCCAUUCGAGGUGAACGAGAAAAUUUUGUAAAUAAGCCUCAUGUAAUAGCAAUGGUCGGCUUACCAGCACGUGGAAAAACAUAUAUAUCAAAAAAAUUAUGUAGAUACUUAAACUGGAUUGGUAUAAACACGAAGGUCUUCAAUUUAGGUGAAUAUAGACGACAUGCUACAACAGCAUACAAAUGUCAUGAUUUUUUUCGUCCUGAUAAUAUAAAAGCGAUGGCUAUAAGAACCCAGUGCGCUGUUGAUGCGCUUAAUGAUGUUUGUCAUUGGCUGGAGAGCGGUGACGGCGAAGUUGCUGUUUUUGAUGCCACUAAUUCAACAACCGAAAGGAGACAAAUGAUUCAUGAUAUUGUUGUUGAAAAAAUGGGAUUUAAACUUUUUUUUGUAGAGUCUAUUUGUGACGAUCCGGAAAUUGUUGAACAAAAUAUUAUGGAGGUAAAGGUAAGCAGUCCAGAUUAUGCGAAUAUGAAUAAAGAAGAAGUACUAGCGGAUUUUACGCUAAGAAUUGAACAUUAUCAGGAAAAAUACGAGGCACUAGACGAGAGUAAAGAACCUAAUUUGUCAUUUAUGAAAAUAUACAAUACUGGAGAAAAGGUGCUGGUGUAUAAACAUGAGGGUCAUAUACAAAGUAGAAUAGUUUAUUACUUGAUGAAUAUUCACAUUGUACCGCGCACUAUUUAUUUAACGAGGCACGGUGAGAGUAUGAUGAAUUUAGAAGGAAGAAUCGGAGGUAAUCCCGAUCUCAGCGAUCGAGGACGACAAUACGUCAAAGCACUUGCUGAAUAUAUUGAUGAACAGGAUAUACAGAAUUUACGUGUAUGGACUAGCUGGUUGAAGAGAACUAUUCAAACAGCUGCUGACGUUAAUGCUCCACAGGAAAGGUGGAAAGCUUUAAAUGAAAUUGAUGCUGGAAUAUGUGAAGAAAUGACUUAUGAAGAAAUAGCUAGUAAAUACCCAACAGAUUUUGCUGCACGGGACCAAAAUAAAUUUUCAUACCGUUAUCCAAGAGGUGAGAGUUAUGAAGAUUUAGUAGCUCGCCUUGAACCGGUGAUAAUGGAACUCGAGAGACAAGGAAAUGUUUUAGUUGUUACUCACCAAGCUGUUCUACGUUGUUUACUUGCUUAUUUUCUUGACAAGAACUCUGAAUAUAUAUCUCUUUUAGAUGAGUUACCAUACUUACAAGUACCUUUGCAUACGAUAUUAAAAUUAACACCAGUUGCAUAUGGUUGCAAAGUAGAGCGGAUUCGGUUACCGAUAGAUGCAGUGGAUACCCAUCGACCAAAACCAAAGAUCCCCGGAUAUUUGGAGGAGAGAUUCAGAUCCAAAGGGGAAAAUCAACACACCUGAUAGCUAUCAUUUAAUAAUAUUUAAUUAAAUUUAAUUUAAUUUGAUCAAUAUUAUUAUUUUAAUUAUUACUAUUACUAUUGCCAAUUUAAAUUCACAUCAGUAUGAUUAUGGUUCUUUAUAAUAUAAUUAUUUUCCAUCCUGUUUGUUUACCUGAUUUUGUUGAUGAUUAGCAGCAUUUUUGAGGCAGCAGGCUGCCAAGUCAGAGCUUCAUGUAGUGCCAAAUUAUUUUCUAUUUAAUUAUUAUGUUAUUAAUUAUUCGUGAUUAUUGAUAAUUGAUGUAUACGAAUAGUUUGAAUAAUUCUAGUGUUUUAUAUUUUGAAUUGAACAAAAAAAAAUACGCGGGCAUUUAAUCAUUUUAUUUUUGAUGCUUAAUGAUAAUGUGAUAAAAAUGCUCAAGGCAGUGUGUGAAUAUUUAAUUGGUGAUUAUUAAUUAUAUUAGUAUGAUUAUUUUAUUUUUUUUUGAUUAUCAAAUAUCAUAAAUGUGUUCUUUAUUGAUCGAUUUACGUUUACUAACCGUCUUGAAUAAACAGCUAAUACUUCCUUCUCAAUAAAAUAAUAAAUAAAAUUUU